CGCGAACCUCUUGUCUCGAGCGAGUGCCGCUCAGCUGCCAGAACCUUUGUUCUGGAUUUUGUUGUCCAAAUGGUUCCAACCGGAUAACCCGCAGCAAUUCAGGGCCGGUGGAAAAGACGAAGCGCGACAUGCACGAGCUGAUCUCAAUGGGCCGCUUUUGCUAGCGGUGGUUCACCUUUCACAGGACCAGCGUCUCCCAGACUCCAUAAUGGCCAAGCCACCGAAGACAGACAUGUCUGCCAGGAUCACGGACCACAAGUCCGGGGUCCCGGACCGCCCGACGGAUAUAUCCCGGGGGCUGCGCCGGGAGGAGAGCGCCUACAUGCACGACAUGAUGGGCAAGCCGACCGCGGUCAAGAGUCCCGAGAGCACCGCCAAGAACGCCGAACUAUCCAAGCUGCUGCGUCGCGAAGAAGAGAGACUCAGGAAGAUUGAACACAACCUGCAGAGGCCGGACCUGAUUGAACAGAACCUGAGAGAGGCAACCACCAGGACCAUGAACGCGGAAUCGGAAUUCGCCUCGUCAGGAAACAUCAAGACCGACACCCGCAUGAAGAUGACCGAUGACCCGAGGUACGCUGAACCUCUUCCUUCGGCGAAGCAAAAAUCCGUGCCGGUUUCGCCACUCAAACAGGCGUCGCCGUCCAAAGCCGCAGCAGCCCGGCAGCCACUCACCGGAGGGGGUCUGUACACGGCUAUGAACGACAACGUGAAGACGGACAUGGUUGCCGGCAUCACCGACCAUCGCUCGCACCUGGACGAACUCAGCAAGACGAUGCAGGACCGCGUCCGCGAAGAAGAAAGCAACUACGCGAGGGACGUCAAAGGGGCUCCCGAAAAGAAGGACCAGGAAGUUCCUAAGCAGGAGGCCCUGGCGGGUGUCUCCAACGUCAGCACCAAGACGUACGCGUACAUCACGGACAACAGGUCCAGGAUGCGUGAACUGAGCGGAACGACGCGCGAGCGCCUGCGCGAGGAAGAGGACUCCUACUUGAGGGACAUGCACCCCCAUCCUGGAAUGAAGGCGGAAUUGGUGAAGCCCUCGGGUACCGCAACUCCAAAGGCCGGAGCUGUCGGAGAGACGACCCCUCAACCUCAAGCCGGAGCUAUGACUGGAGGUGGGAGAGAAAUAGGCGGCACGGCAGGGGGCGUCGGGACUCGCGCCGGGGCUGGUGCCGGUGGCAGUAAAGGAGGUGGAAGUGCCGGCUCGGCGCGUGUUGCCCCCACAACAACGCGUCAGAAAGACGAUGACCACGCGGAUUCCGAAGAGUAUGAACACGAGCAGAACGUCUGCUGGUUGGUGCCUGAGCGAAUACAAAGAAUGUUCAGCCCGUUAAAGCCCCAACGGCCCCACAGGGCCGCUGGGGCUUCACUUCCACUUGAAAUGGAAGUGGAUGACGAGAGUUUCGACCCUUACUUGAACCAGGGAGAGGCCAUGCAAACAGGUUACCAGCCUGAAGAAGAACAUGUAAUGUACAGAACGAGAUCCCCUGUUCCCGGCCGGCGAAGGAUGUACGAAACGGAACAGGAGUGCAAAAUUAUGUACCAAGGCAGUUUAGACCCAAGCAUUGUAUAUCAAGAAAUGCAAGGUGGUGGAAUUGUAUACGGGGGCAAAGGCUCGAUGUAUGAUGAUCAACAGCAAGGAAUUGUGUAUCAGGACGCGCAAUGUGCGGCGAUGUAUAUGGAAGAACCGGAACAGCGAGUAGUGUACCAGGACCCCCGCACGGUGUACCAACAACAAAUGGUAGAAGCCAUGCCCCAGGUACAGAUGACGCAAGCCAUCCCCCAGCAACAGUACGCAUACGUGACCGGACGACCCGCAACGUGCAUGUACAGCCCGUCGCAGAACCUCGUCACGCAGAAGGGCUACAUUAAGAUUAGUGUAUCAGAGCAAGACUUGUCUCAGAAUUGGACAGAUAGGUACGCGCCAGGCGGCCCCAAUAGGCAGCCCUCAGGCGUCGUCGCGGGAAGACCGCAGCCUAUGACAAUGCAGCAGGCGCAAGGCAGUGAUGCAACUGGGUUCAGAAUGUACAUGAAUGCACAAAGGCAAUAUCAGGGUCAAUCUCCUGGCGGCAGUAUGGAGUCUGAAGGCGGGUUCUUCACAAGGGAUGAAAGUUUUGGAAUGAAGACGGCUGCAGUUCAGACUAUGCCAGACCUUCCCAUAUCUACUACAGUACAAACCGAAAUCUCUCAUAAAGAAACGAAAAGCGUCCAUGCUAAGGCAGAAACAGACGAAGUAGCGACUCAGCAGAAUUUUCCUAAGUGGACUGUCUCGAACUCCCAGACGUUUCCACCAUAUGUUCCAGGUGCCGGUAUGCCAUUCAUGGGCAUGGGCCAAAUGGCCAGCCCGUUCAUGAGUACGCGAAUGCCUGUGGCACCUCCAAUGGUACACGAACCUCCACCGCCACCACCAGCUUCGUCCCGACCGUGCGAUGAGUGUGACCGAAAAAAAAACUGCUGCGAAGACGUCCCUUUCGAAGAUCUGCAGCGCAACAUUGAGGAGGACAUUGCAAACAUUGUCAACGAGAAUAUGAACGUCAAAAUUAGCAACGAAGACACUAAGAUUCUGGUUGCAAGGCCCGACUCGCCGUAUAAGUUGGUCUACCUUAUCCCUCAGCGUCCUGAAAUUGUAAAGGAGGCAAAGAGUAUACAAACAGCUAAUCUACCCGAAGACAAAUGGAUGCAGACCGACGCAAAAAGUCGUAAUUUAUCGCGAAGGAGUGUCGCCGAUGGCGAAGCUGCUGAGGCGAGCUGCCAGAUCGAAGUUUCAAAAAUUAAUACGAAAGAGUGUCGGGUGAACGGCAAACGCGUGAGGACCACAAAAGCCUACAGAAUUAGCCAGUCAGAGGACAAGGACGGUAUGACUGAGGUAAUUCAAGACUCGAGUUCGUCCGACCGCGGCCGAAGUCGUUCGAAAAGCAGGUCCAAAACUAUGUCCAGGCGUGCUGUUUCUGAGGGCAAGUAUCCACAAAGCAUUACAAUAUCCGUGGGCCGCACCAGUUCCACCACGGAGCGCAGCCGAUCCCGCAGCUGCACCUUGAGCCCAGUACGUAGCGUGGUAACGGGUCCGAAUCGCUCGCCUAGGCAAGCCGGAAAGCGCUGGAAAGAAAUCAGCAUCUCCAGCAGCUACAGCAGUGCCAGCAGCCGCACAAACGGGUCCAUCAUAGGCGUUUCCUCAAACGCCGGCACGGCCAGUACGCACACCAGUUACUACUGCGACCCUUCGAAAAGGCCUCUCUUUCGUAGCUGCUCUAUGACCAAUAUGCCUCCCAGCAGCACAGCGCAAUCCCCAGUGCGGUGCCUCGUAGCCGGAGGCGCUACUGGAAUGGUCUACGAGGGCAACAAAGAAUGGCGUCAUGACUACCGAAAUAAAGUAGGAACCAGUUCGAGUAAAGUGUAUGUGGAGAGGGCCUAUCCGGAGCCCCCGGACCCAAAAUAUCGACCAGAAUGCAGGUCUCCUCUCUCCACCGAUCCGAACGUUGUCCUCUGCACUGAUACUGGCGCUCCCCGUCGCACUGAAGUCUGCACCCGCACUCCCGAAGGUUUCACUCGCCGCAUCACGGAGGUCUACACUACGCGGCCGUCUGACAAACGCACUUACUCUCCUGUUGGGGGGCAACCGCCCAGGAUGUCGGCACGACCGAGGUCAGCCUCAAGCGGACGGCGUUCAGUCACCAACUACGAGGGCCUGCAAACCGCCCGAGUUGCAAUGGGAGCCGUGGGCCAGUCCUCCAACUAUCAGGCCGAGCAGAUAGCCAAACAAAUUGCGCAUCAGCUCGCCCCGCAACUUUCGGCCAUGAAGCAAAUGGAACCCCAACGAUAUGUUCAAGAACAAGAAACAAUACGACAGCCGUCUAGAAGCCCAUCUGCGUCGCAGAGAACAACCCUGCAGCCACUCCCGCAGAGAGCCUUUCAAAAUUCGUCCCGCCCGGUCUAUAUGGCCGAAAGCCCCGAGGACGACGUGUAUCGGGGAGGCUACUACACUUACAAGGCGACACAUUCGCAAGAGCGCCUCUUAAACGAGCAAAGCCACAAGAUUGCGAAGGAUUGCAAAGUGAGGUACAACCGUGAAGCGGCGCCUUCGGUAAGCCAGGGUCUCCUACAGCAAUCCUCGAGACAGCAACCCGCCCGGUAUGCUUCGCACGGGAACAACAGGCGCAUGAUGGUGCAAAGCUCGAUGAGCCAGACGCUCCACCCCACGUACCAACACGCGAGCCUGAGGACGAACUACACACCAUACAGCAAACCCUCUACAAUCCUACAACCCGGUCAGGCCCCACCACGCUACAUUCUACCCAUUCAGUUACAAGUUACCGGAGGGUCCAGCCGCGGGCCAGUGUCAAUGGCCACUUUCCGAGCGACAGUGCCCGUACCAGCGCAUGCAGAAGUCAUGGCCCCUAGCAAGGCGAUAAACGGGAUCGCGAUGAACCAGCAGCAGCAGCUUCAACAGCAGGACGCUGGCUCGACCACGCAGAUGCGGUCCAUCCAUCCAGACGUAAGUCCAUCGAGGGCUCACUCUCCUCAGCGCUGUCCAGUGGACAAGAGGAAAGCCUUCUACAAAAGGGCGUACGGACUGCGGAUUCCGGCGCAGGAGAAGCAGGUGCUGAUGUACGCCCUGGUGUCACUCGUGGCUCUCAUCAGCGUGAUUCUGGUGAUCAACACAAUCGGCAAACGUCACGCGGCCCCCGUGGUCUUUGCACCGAAGCCUGGUUCAGAACUUCGGCUUCCCUAACGGCAACGCGACACGGGCCACUGCGCCCCUGACUCAGCGGACCAUCGCACCGCUCAACGCCGGGCUCGAGGUCAUCUUAAAACUGGAGACGCUGUAGUACCGUUGUCAAGACAUGUUGGAGUAACUUGCUUUUUUCGUAAGGAUAAUAAUAAAAAAA